AGGGUCGAAGUUACAGGACGCUUGAAGUGUUGGACAUUCGGGGCGCGUUGUGACGACAUGACGUAUCGAACGUGCUCGCACGCAGUGUGACGUCAUGAUCACGGCCUCAGUCAGGUCGCGAACACGUGAACAACACGCCUGUGAUCACGCGUUGAACGGCUGAUCUUGUCCUACAGGAUUGGUUGAGUACGGCGAGCCCCUCCACAUUAUUGGCUAACAAACUACACGGCCACAUGAUCAGACGCAACUAACUGGGCGCACGUCGAGACUGCCGACCUGAGAAAGCUUCAUUACGCUACCAGACGUCCGUUAGAUCGAGUUUCUACUUCGAUUUGCACGACGUAAUCCCAUUGCGUUUCCGUAAAAGAGAAAACAUUGGUGCGUUCAAGAAGAAGCUUAACGUAAAUUUUGAACUUUAUUAUAAUUGAAACUACGAAAAAAUGGACACAAAUCCAACUUUAUUAUCUCCACCAGCUUCGCCCCAAUUCAAGCACAUCGAGCCACUACAGUCAUCAUUCAGUGUCGCAGCUUUGUUAGGAGACAAGCUAUUGCAAAAGACGACGAUGACCGCAAAGGCGGAGGUGGCGAAGGCGGCAGAGCAGGCGACGACUAUGGCAACCGAAGCAAAUGCGACAAAGCUCAACCAUGAAAACCAGCAACCAAAUUUGCCGCUUACUCCCCAACCUUCCGAUUCGGAGGAAGACGAGCCUCCACGGAAACGACGUUACGUUGAACAAUGUGAAUUGGCAAAGUUACUCCUUUAUGGAACACCACCGCCCAGUCCCGAGGCAACUCGAGUAUCAGUCAUAAUGCGCGCCAAUCGUGACGGAACUUGUAGUCCAGCCAGUAUACCUACAAAACUGACUGAUUCGUGUCCGUCCGAGUGGGUGCCGAAUACAACAAGACAGCGUACUGUUGAAAGCAACAGUAAGAACUCGGACGUGCGUUCGAGCGGUAGCUUGGAAGAGAACGUCUUGAAAAGUCUCAAAUUCAAAAUGAGUUUAAAAAAAGAAGAGAUUAUUGUGAAUAGUAAAAAUACAGAUCGUGAAAUAAGUCAAGCUAAGUUGCAACCGCUUGCACCUAAACCAGCACCGAUUGUGGUAACAAGAAUUUUAGGAUCAUCACUGGUCCUACCACAGACUCCAUUAUUAUUGGUCACAGCGAGUACACCAGGCCGAAUGAAUAAUGUUGGAACAAAAGGAAACGUUCAAUGCAAUGAGUCAGCCGCACGAAGACGUGUCUACGAAUGUGAACAUCCCGGAUGCGGAAAAAAUUAUUUUAAGUCUUCUCAUUUAAAAGCUCACACGCGUACGCAUACCGGAGAACGACCCUUUCCCUGUCCAUACGAGGACUGCAACAGACGUUUUUCGCGCAGCGAUGAACUUUCCAGGCACAAAAGAACUCAUACAGGAGAAAAGAAAUUUGCUUGCACGAUUUGUCAAAGAAGAUUUAUGAGGAGCGAUCAUUUGGCCAAACACGUGAAACGUCAUACCAGAGAAAGGACUUCCUCCUCAUCUUCAAAAAGCAAUGGUAGUAAUCAAAUGCAAACGGCAUCUGGUGUCAGGCUUAGUAUCUUGCCUGUUAUCGCGCCAAGGAUAACACCACCGAUUCAUCAAAUUCUACCACCACAACUUGCAGCUUGAUCGCAAGCAAGAUUGAUAUUUUAUUGAAAUACUUUUUUCAAGUAAAACAAUCAAGAGGGGAAAAAAGGAACACCGGAAAUUCGUUUCCUUCUUGUACCCCCGGAUAGAAGCUGUUUACAGGUAACGGUAACCUUUUGGAUAUCUUUUUAAUUCUGGACGGAUUAAUCUUCCUGUGAUGCUUCUACUAAGAAUCUUUCAUUUAUGAAAGAAUUAUAAUAUGAGAAGAUGUACUUAAUGAUAAAAGUCGGAAAAAGAUAAAGAGAGAAAGGAGGGGUGGGAAGGAUUGAACCAAGUACCUAAGUGUGUCUGUGAUCUGUGAUCGUUCGUCUUUGACUGAUCGUGAAAUAAAGAGUAUUUAUUUAAAGGAGACAAACGAUUUAAACAAUUCAUGUUAAGGAGCUAUUCUAAUAUUACAACUUUGUUAACGAUCCUCGAAUGAGAUCGUCCAUAGACAUUACAGUUAUACAUAGAUUAUAUAUUAUUGUUCAAAGAGAAGGUGAAAAUAUGAUUUCCCUUGCAACAACAUAAGACUUCUUUAAUGUACAGAUAAAGAAUUUUUAUACACAAAUGUAAAUGAAUUAAAUAACUUCUAUACUUUCAUAA